AUGUCUGCUAGUCAACUUUUGGAUUCAUGUGUCUUGGUCAAUAGGAGGGUGGAACAAAGGCGAGAACAUAGCAUCACACAUACAGAAAUUACCCAAAGGAGAAUAUUACAAGAACAGGGCCCCGAUAUGCAGCACUACAAAGGCCCAGAUGUUUCGAGUACUCUGAGUGACGGUGUGUAUCACCCACAUAGUAAUGGACAGUCGGAGCAUUCGCCAAAUUCGAGCCACAUGUCGGUACACAGCGACGAGCCACUAGUGAGAAAUCAAAAGCAACAGACGACUCAACAAGUGACGACUGUGACUAAGGUCGUACGAGAAGUACAACAGUUAGACGAUCAAGCAGGAGAAUACAUUCCGGUUUCCUUGGGAUCAUAUUCCCAUCCUUCUCAAUACGUUGACUACAUUGAACAACCACCACAUCAUAUGUAUUCACAGUAUCAUCAACACCCCCAUUACCAAGACUAUGACCACUAUCCGAACCCUUACGGUGCCUAUAUGGGUUACGCCGCGGGAGCUGAAAGACCCCCCACUCCACCUAGUCCUAGUGAACAUAGUGUUGACCCCUCUCCUCUGCCUCUGACGUCUCAGCCUAAUGCUGCCUACGUUGGUUCAGGUUACGAUGAACUACCUGAACACUACAGGGUCACUCCAUCGCCCGGUGGACCAAUAGGUAUAGAUCCCUACCAAGAUGAUUCCGCCGUAGUGUAUGGUUAUGUUUCACCUUCUCCUUAUGGCACUGCGCCUAGUCUUUCUAGACCUUAUGUAGAUAGUAUUAAUGGACCUGUACCAGUAGGAGCCACCAUGAGAUUGUUUGAGGACGAGGAUCUUCAAAAGCAUGUCAGUAAGAUGUCCCUGCACGGUCACAAUGUUGGACUGACCCAUGAUAGGGCACAUAAUAUAGCUUCUCCUGGUAGUAUUGGCGGAGACGAAGAUCAAAGGGGCAUGCGUUGGCGUGAUCCCAAUCUUACUGAAGUCAUUGGAUUCCUCAACAACCCAAACAAUGUGAUUAAAGCCAAUGCGGCAGCCUAUUUACAACAUCUGUGUUAUAUGGAUGAUCCUAACAAACAAAAAACGAGAGCUCUAGGCGGCAUACCCCCCUUAGUUAAAUUAUUGUGUCAUGACAGUAUUGAGGUGUAUAGGAACUCUUGCGGAGCUUUAAGAAAUUUGUCUUAUGGCAGACAAAACGACGAAAACAAAAGAGCCAUUAAGAAUGCAGGCGGUAUUCCUGCUCUGAUCAAUUUAUUACGAAGAUCAAAUGAGGCUGAAAUAAAGGAACUGGUCACUGGUGUCAUCUGGAACAUGUCAUCGUGUGAAGACCUCAAGAGAAACAUAAUAGACGACGGAGUAAUAACCAUUGUUACUUUUAUUAUAAUUCCACAUUCCGGCUGGGAUCCACAAGGAAAUCAUGGGGAGACUUGUUGGUCCACAGUAUUCAGAAACGCUUCUGGUGUGCUAAGAAAUGUCAGUUCUGCUGGAGAAUAUGCUAGAAAAAAAUUAAGAGAGUGUGAAGGUUUAGUUGAUGCAUUACUUUUUGUUGUGCGCUGUGCCAUAGAUAAGUCAAAUAUAGGCAAUAAAAUUGUAGAAAAUUCUGUGUGCAUUCUACGUAAUCUGUCGUAUCGAUGUCAAGAGGUUGAGGAUCCAAACUAUGAUAAGAAUCCUUUACCAACUCAAACUAGGGUUGCCGCUACCUCAUCUAAAGGUGAAAAUUUGGGCUGCUUCGGUGGAAGUAAAAAGAAAAAAGACAGUCAGUCCUCAGACACGAAGGAAAACAAUUUUUCCGCAGGAGCCCCAGGCAGUAUGUCUAGCGCGAGCGCUAGAGGAGAUCCAGUUAGAGGGAUGGAGCUUCUCUGGCAACCAGAAGUAGUGCAAUCUUAUUUAGCUUUAUUGCAAAGUUGUUCAAAUCCAGAAACCCUGGAGGCGGCAGCUGGAGCCCUUCAAAAUUUGGCAGCUUGUUACUGGCAACCUAGUAUAGAGAUUCGAGCGGCAGUACGUAAGGAGAAAGGUCUCCCAAUAUUGGUGGAGCUGCUGCGUAUGGAGGUGGAUAGGGUGGUAUGUGCAGUGGCUACAGCACUUAGGAACCUUGCCAUUGAUCAACGCAACAAAGAGCUCAUAGGAAAGUAUGCCAUGAGAGAUCUUGUCCAAAAACUUCCGUCAGGAAACACACAGCAUGAUCAGGGCACCUCUGACGACACCAUAGCUGCUGUCUUAGCCACCUUAAACGAAGUUAUUAAAAAGAACGCUGAAUUCUCCAGAUCUCUACUAGAGGCAGGUGGUGUAGAAAGACUGAUGACUAUUACAAGGCAACGACAGAAAUAUACUCCGAGGGUACUAAAAUUCGCUGGACAAGUCCUGUUCACGAUGUGGCAACACCAAGAUUUGAGGGACGUUUACAAAAAGCACGGCUGGAAAGAACAAGAUUUUGUUACAAAAACAGUAGCUGCACGCAACGCUGGACCUAAUUCACCGAACAAUGCCAACAGUACUUUAAACCGCCCGAUGGCUUCACAAAGUGGAACAAGAUAUGAGGAUAGAACAAUGAAACGCACCACUGCUGGAAACAGGGGCGCUGGCGUCUUCCAAAGGAAUGACGACAUCCCCACAGCGGACAUGCCGUAUCCAGACAACCCAGCCGUCAUGGGUCGAUCGUACCCCCCCGGUCCAGGUCCAAACCCGCCACCAGUCAGUCAUUAG